CCUUUCCUCCACCUUCCCACCUUUUCUUGCCAUUGUCGCCUUUCUUCGGGGUCCUUCAUUCUGCUCUGGUGUGGAGGACCCACACCCCACCCCCACCCUCGCCUCACCCCACCCCACACCGUACCUCUAUCUCUCUAUUGCUUCUCGUGUGAAAGAAAAAUCAAAUCUUUUACGCAUUUCAACUGUAACCACCAUUUGAGUUCAAGAUAGAGGCAACAAGUUCGAUUGGAGGAGGAAGAUUUGGAGGGGAAAUUUGACGGUUUCAAGACAGGAUUUUGGUGCUCCUUUAAUUGGUGCAAAGGAGCAACGAUUUGUUUUGAGAGUCAAGUUGUGAGGAUCUUGACGACAUGAGUUGCUUCCCAUGUUUUCAAAACAAGGAAGAAGACAGCGAGGAGGAGAACAAUGAUAUUCUCGUAGCUCAGCCUAAAAAUUUCACCCCACCAACUACCCCUCCUGUAAAUAAUAGCCAUCAUCAUUAUCAAGAUCCAUUAGAAGAUAGCAGAAAUGCAGCAGAACUUGAAGAUACCUCAGUUAAAUCUUUCACCUUCCGCGAAAUCGCCACUGCCACCAAGAACUUUCGUCAAGAAUGUCUGUUGGGCGAAGGAGGGUUCGGAAAAGUAUUCAGGGGGACGCUUCAAUCGACCGGACAGGUUGUUGCUGUUAGGCAACUGGAGAGGAAUACCGGAGGCAAGGACUUUGUGUUUGAGAUCUCAAAUCUGAGUCUCCUUCGCCAUCCAAAUCUAGUCAAGAUGGUCGGAUAUUGUGGCGAAGGAGAGCAGAGGCACUUGGUGUACGAGUACAUGCCAUCCGGUUCUUUGAAGAGCUUUCUAUUUGACCGUCAUGAUGGGCAAAAACCAUUGGACUGGAGUGAGAGAAUGAAGAUUGCAUAUGGUAUUGCAUCGGGGCUUGAGUACCUACACGAGAAGGCAGACCCCACAGUCAUAUAUCGCGAUCUGAGAUCCUCAAAUGUGCUCCUUACCGAGACCAAAAAUCCUAAGCUCUCGGAUUAUGGGCUUGCCAAGAUCGUGCAGGGUGGCAACAAGAUGCAUAUGUCUGUGAUGACGGGUUUCAAUGGAUAUUGCGCCCCUGAGUUUGAGAAGAACGGCGAGCUGACAGUGAAGUCGGAUGUUUAUAGCUUUGGCGUAGUGCUGCUAGAGCUCAUCACAGGCCGUAAGGCCUUGGACACCUCUCUGCCACCGGACGAGCAAAGCUUAGUUAGCUGGGCACAACCGCUUUUCAAGGAUCCGUCCAAGUUCCCGGAUAUGGCGGAUCCUCUUCUCAGGAAAGGGUUCCCCGUGACGGGCUUGAACCAAGCAGUCGGAAUCGCAGCCAUGUGCCUGCAGGAGGAGCCGAUAGCGCGCCCCUUCAUCAGUGACAUAUCAGCUGCAAUUAGCUUCCUGGCAAUGGCACCUCCUCAGGCACCCGUUCCUGAUCUUGCUCCUGUGUUGUCGAAGGCAGCAUCCUCGCGCCAAGGUGGAGGUGGCAAUGACGGUCAUAAACAUGACGAUGAUACUUCCUCAGAUAGUGAAGAAGAAGAAGACGAAGAAGAAAAAGUAAAAAAACAAGACAAGCCUAACAAACAGGAGCAGUACUCUGAUUAUAGCUCCGAGGAUGAUGAUCAGAGUUCUGAUGGUACAGAUGCUGAGGAGACGAGCAAGAACAUGGAGAAGGCGCGGUGCAAAUCAACAAAAUCGGUGAAGAUGCAAAGCCGCUCAGAUUCAAGAAGCAAUAACAAGAAAUCCAUGAAGACAUCUGAGUCAAAAGGCAAUAACAAGAAAUCCAUGAAGAUGCAGAACCGCUCAGAUAACAAGAAACCUUCCAAGGUCGAAACUCCCCCGGAUUCAAGGAGUAACCGGAGCAGCUGCAGCUCAUCAGACGACGAGCCUCUUCCUCCUCCCAUUCAACAGCCUCAUGAUCACGAAGAUGAUUACGAUCAAUUUAGCUCGAGUAGUGAUGAUGAAAACUGGGAUGGCAGAGAGCAACAACGUCCUAGUCGUGGCAGCAGCGUGAGUUCGGACGACGACGGGUACUGAUCGAGGGCGACAUGCACAAAAAAAUGUGGAAAAGCUAAGCAACAUUGAAAUCUCGGAGGAUGCAUCUUAGCUUCUUCAUAGAUUAUAUUUUUUGAAGGCGAAGACGAAUGGAGGAGAUGAACAUCAAGUAGGUGAUGAUUUCGAGUUCUCAAUUUGAUCAAAACACUUAUAUAUUUCACCAUCGGAAGAUCAAGAUCUCUUCAAGCUAAGGAUAUCCACACACACACACACACACACACUUAUGUUAUAGGGCAUUGAGGUAUACUGAUGAACAGUCUACAUUUUUACUCUUUUUUCCUUUUCUCCUUCACAGAUUUUUUUUUGCUAGGUUUUUUCAAGUGAAACAUGCAAGUAAAUAUUUUAAGUACUAUUUUGAUUCCAUUAUAUAAUGUGAAUCAUAAUAUGUGAAUUACCUUAACAGUAGUAUGUUCAGCAGCUUGAAAGCAUGCUGAAACUUUUUUUUUUCUUUUUUUUUUCUCUUCAUAUAUAAUAGUUUGAAAACGACGUUGGAUCGUUUCUUGCAAAA